UUUAACGUUUUGCCAUCUACUAAUUGGCGCUGUAUGGAACCUGACCAGAGCUUCUAGAUUUCGUUACAAGAAGUGCUAUUAUCGCCGAACUGACAAUUGAUUCUUGCCGAAUUUUACACUGUAUCUUAUGUGUAGUGCGGCACAAAUCAUCCGUUCGCAGUAUUUGCUACAAUAAAUAAACUAUUUUACAAGAUAUACAUUGUAAUAUAGAUAUAACAGAGACAAAAUGCUGAAACUGCUAGGCAAAAUCAAAUGAUAUGUAAUUGGAUGCCGGCCCAAUUAAAUGAAUAUCGGAGACAUUCAUGACAUCAUUUAGAAUUCAAACGCAGUUUAUUCAGUAACGACUUAGUGACCACGGACGAAAUAAUAGGGACAUUGACUUUGUUAUUAAUUAUUAGAAAUGUUUAUUCUAAUAUUUAAUAUUUUGAUAAGCUGCCUAACAUUAUCAUACGGUGCAAAAAACAUAGUAUUAAUAAUCGCUGAUGAUUUAGAUAUAGUUCUCGAUGGAAUGGUUCCACUGAAAAAUACUGUAGACUUAAUUGGAAGGAGGGGCGCAUCAUUUUCAAAUUGUUUUGUUGCUUCUCCAAUUUGUUGCCCAAAUAGGGCUUCCAUUCUAACUGGUAAAUAUCAGCAUAAUCACUUAGUAGUAAAUAAUACUAUUGAUGGUGGGUGUAAUAGUAUUAAAUGGCAAGAACUUCAAGAACCAAAUACAUUUGCUGCAUAUUUAAAUCAACAAGCGUCGUAUGCAACUUUCUAUGCUGGAAAGUAUUUGAAUAAGUAUGGGAAUACAAAUGUUGGCGGAGCAAGUCAUGUACCGAUAGGAUGGGACUGGUGGGCUGGUCUUAUUGGGAAUUCAAAAUACUACAAUUAUUCUAUGUCCAUCAAUGGAACUGUACAGAAAUUUAACUCUACAGUAUUCGAUUAUCUCACUGAUUUAAUUACUGAAUUCACAAUGUCUUUCAUUAAAACUCGCAAAGCAGAUGGUCAACCUUUUCUUGCAGUUCUGGCACCUCCAGCACCUCAUGCACCCUUCACACCAGCAGUAAGACACUAUGGCAUAUACAAUGGCACAAAGGCGAAAAGAACACCUAAUUUUAACAAACUCACAGAAAUGAAUAAGCAUUGGUUAGCGAGGAGAGGUCCAUCUCCGCUACCGGAUGAGGUAUUACCUAAAUUAGAUGAGAUCUAUAGUCGUAGGUGGGAAACAUUGUUAGCUCUUGAUGACCUUGUAACAAAUGUAUAUCAAACUCUAAAGUCUGAGGGUCUUUUAGAUGAUACUUACAUCAUAUUUACAUCUGAUAAUGGUUACCAUAUUGGCCAGUUUAGCAUGCCUAUGGACAAACGUCAGCCAUACGAGACAGAUAUCCGAGUUCCAUUAUUAAUAAGAGGUCCUGGAAUUGAACCAUCAAAAAUUUCUGCACCAGUCAGUAGCGUCGAUUUGUUUGCUACAAUUUUGGAAAUAGCUGGAGUGCAAAGACCAUCUGACGGAACUUCUUUGUUGAAAAAGACACUGCCAGAAGAUAGAACCCUGUUAAUAGAGUAUAGAGGGGAGAAAUCUGAAGGAGUUCCAUCCUCAGGUUGUCCAAGCGAUAGCGAUAUCAAUCUAUCAUACUGUAUGAAAGACAUGGCAUGCAAAUGUCAGGAUGCAGCUAAUAACACGUUUAGUUGCAUACGACGCGUUUCGCGAAAAUUCAAUAACAUUUUCUGCGUUUUCGAGGAUGAUCAGCAUUAUGUUGAAGCAUAUAAUAUCACUACAGAUAAUUAUCAAAUGGAAAAUAUUGGAUACAGUAUGAAACGUAAUCAUCGAUACCGAUUUAGAAAGCUGUUAAAAAGGAUGUCCAUAUGCAAAAAUGAGGAUUGCGUUUUCACACUUCCGAAAAGCAUUUAUAUUUAGAUUUGGGUACAGUACAAAAAGUACAAAUGAUAGUGAUUUAAAAUGUAAUAUGUGUAUUUGUAGUUGUGUGGAAUUAUUAUUAUUUUUACAUACGUGUUGUAUCUAUACGUAUCUUUUCGUAAAUAAAAUGUAAUUAAUAACUGAUAA